UAAUUUGCCACGUAACAACUUAUAGAAUAGAUAAGGUAGCAACCUUCUCCCGAAUGCUGUGUUAAAGACGUGUGAUUUGAUAAAGAACAAAAACUUCCGGCAACGACAAAUUCUUUAAUGCCAACAAACUCUUCAGUUUCAUCAAGAAAAGAUGCAGACGAAAGAAGAUCGAAACAAGCACUACGUUCAUAAAAUAGUCACUGACGUUGCUAAAGAAAAACUCGUCGAAUUUUUCAUUGCAAAGUGGAAUGACAAAUGCAAGAAAUACUAUGGAGAAUGGGAUAACACAAAACGUUCUGGCGAGAAACUUUACAAUUCAGAAGCAGGAAGAAGUCGACCGAACAAGGCUGUUAUUCAAUCGAAUUUUCGACAUGGGGACACCAGUCUUUGGGAUUGCACCACAUUAUUUGAUGCAAUACUUUACUCGAACAAAAUUGGAGAGGCUUUAAAGCAAUCUGACAAGAAAGCAUGGGAUGCUGUCGAUGAUCUUCGUAACGUUCGAAACAAAAUAAUACAUGAUCAGCAGACCACAUUUUCCGAUUUUAUAUUUCAAGAUUUAAUUGAGCAAAUUGAAAAGUCAUUUCUGAUACUAAAGUUUAGCCUCAACGAAAUUAUUGAAUUGAAAACUGAACGAAACAGCUUUGAAUCAUUUCAUGUCCUUCCUUACAAACCAAACCAUUAUGUCUUUGAACGCACUGAAUUAAGAGAUCAAAUUAUAAAUGUUCUCGAACAAUUAAGGAAAGAUCACAAUAAUGAGCUUACAUAUUUCUACAUUUCUGGUGUUCCUGGAAGUGGCAAAUCUCAACUUGCAAGACAAGUUUGUGAAAAAUUGUUUAAAUCGUACGAUUAUGAAAACGAAACUACAUUUGUAUGGACUCUUGAUGGUAAAGAUGUAAAUUCUCUUUUAGAAACUUAUCGUGGACUUUGUUAUCGUUUGAACUGUGGUAAGUUUAGAUUAAAUGAAAACUUAGAGGAAAAACUGACCAUCACUGAGAAAGUCGAAGAUUUGCGAUCGUUACUAUCCACGCAAAUACAAUUCUGGAAAAGUUGGUGGAUCAUCGUGGACAACGUGGUACAGCUGAGAGAAAUUUUUCCACUGCUUCCAAAAAUAGGUGAAAAUGAGUGGAGUAAUGGACAAAUUAUUUUAAUUAUACAAAACACCGAAGCUAUAUCUCACGACGAAGUGAAGAGUAAAUAUGUUAAUAUUGAUUCAUGGGAUGCUGCAAAAUUUUCAAGCAGUUUCCUACUACCGUUAUACGGAAUUGAAUACUCAAUCUUUGAUUGAUUUUUUAAAAUCAAUAAUCCUUAAUAUAAUUAUAUUUUCGCACUAGUUAUUACCCCCUAGAUAUAAUUUACGUAAAAACAAUUGAAACGCAACAUUGAAAAUAUUAGAAAAUAUAUGGAUACGCAAUUUCUAAAAUUUUUAUUUCAAGCAUGCUGAGCUCGCUUUUAAGUUCCAAAAAGAACUAUACUUUAUUUGUUGUAAUUGCUGUUUGAACUGAAACUCGUAAAAAAGCAUAAGUUGACCAUGCAAAAUGACAUAGUCAGCGCAUGACACCUUACUUCAUAAAUCAACAUAUGAAAAAGUCAAACACAACUUAUUUUUUUGAUUAUAUGCGAUCAUUUUUUUUUAAUAUAUCUAUAUGCAAUGGCGUAGCCAGCACGACCUUUCACUCUCGCUAUGUAAAUAUUGUUGUGUUCAAUUACUGUUAGAGCAAUAGAUUUGAAAGAAAUGAAUAAUGGUAAUCUUUGAGAAUUUACAUAGAGGGAGUAAAUAUACAGUCUGACAACGCCACUGGCUACAUGUGAUUAACAUAUAUGCCUUUUGUUUGUUAGUUUUUCAUUUUAAAAUGUGUAACAUAUGAUGUUCGUUUAGCACUGGCGUCAUUAUGAUAAUUCUUUUGAAGCUUGUUGGUUUUAAUGUUUAACUUCUUUAUAAAAAAUAUAUAAUUAACAAGACGCCAGCUCUGGCGUUAACUGUA